AUGACUAAAAGAGGUGGAAAAGCUAAGGUAUUAGCACCAGGAAAACUUCAAGAAGAACGAAAUUGCAUAAUUAACAAGAAGCAUAUCGUUAGGAAACCUGCUCAAACAACAUUGUCUAUGCAGGAUGCAUCAUCGGCACCAACACCAGCUCAGGCAGCACCGUCCGUGCGGGUUGCAUCGUCGAUGCCGACAUCAGCUUCGAAAAAAUCAUUUGUGCAGGCUGCAUCGUCGAUGCCAACACCAACUCAGGCAGCAUCGUCCGUGCAGGUUGCAUCAUCAAUGCCAACAUCAGCUUCUAAAAAAUCAUGUGUGCAGGCUGCAUCGUUGAUGCCAACACCAGCUCAGGCAGCAUCGUCCGUGCAGGCUGCAUCGUCGAUGCCAACACCAGCUCAGGCAGCAUCGUCUGUGCAGGCUGCAUCGUCGAUGCCAACACCAGCUCCAACUGUAGUACCUGUUCAUGCCACUACCUCUGAGAAAUUCAGUUUUAUGCCUACUCCAACUUUAAGCCAUCAAACAAUGGCUGGCCCUCAAAGUAUAAACCUUCAAACAAUGGCUAGCCCUUCAAAUUUGGCAGAGGAGGAAGAUGUGGAUGCUGAUGAGGAUGAGGCGGUGGGUCAAGAAACUAUUACCCCUCUUGUGCCAACAAUAGAUGAGAAUGGGAAAGUUAUUAUAAAACCAUCUGGUACUGGGCUAGUUCCUGCCAAAGAAGUUGCUGGUGCCAUUAAUUAUGCGAUACGCAAACAAUUUUAUAAACCUAUACAUCAUUGGUCUGCACUCGAUCCUGAUACGAAAGCUGAUUGGUUUAAGUUGUUUGGAGAGAAGGUUUCGUGGGAUCCUUUCGAUCAUGCAUUUGUCUAUAGCGCAUUUGAAAAAAAAGGAAGAAAACGAUUAAACGACAUGUUGGGGAAGGCGAGGAGAAAAGGGACUCGACCUUCAUGGAUUGGUGAUGAUGCUUGGGUUGAACUUCAAACUUAUUGGCAAAAGACCGAGUUUUUGGCUGUGUCUUCUCAAAACAAGACCAAUCGAGCUUCCGCAAGAGGCAGAGCAGUCCACACCACAGGCCGUAAGGCUCAUAUUGAUGUUGCACUUCAACUUUCACGUGAACUUCAAAGGGAUCUGCGUCCCGAUGAGUUAUUUUUAAAAACACACAAGAGGAAAAAUGGUGAAUGGGUUGACAGUCGUGCUACAUCUACUUAUUUUGAAAUUCCUACUUCCUGCUAUCAGUUUGAAAAUGAAAUCCGAUUGAGGUUUCAAAAGACUUUUAAAGAGAAGUUUGAUGCAGAACUUCAGCCAACUGAAGAAGGGAAUGGAGAGGUUGUUCAAGUGUUAGAUGGAGAGCGUGUAAAUCAGCUAUGGACAGAGGCUGCUGGGGGCCGUAACCGUGGUCGGGUUUAUGGCGCUGCAGAUUUAGCUAUUAAUCUAAAACGUGGAUAA